AUGGAGCCCUCAGUGACGGUGGCCAGAGGCUUCAGCGAACGCCACCCCGGCCACCACGGGCCAGCCUAUUCCUCCAAGCUUCAGGAGGAAAAAAAGGGGGCCACAAGGGUGGCCGCGUCCACAUUUACUACGUUGGCAUUGCUGCAAUCCGGCCCCCGUUACUUGAAAAACAAACUUCUUCCUCCUAGACGUAGACUUUCAGUAACUAAAGACUGGAGAUGCGGGAACUGCUUGCGGAGCGCCUCCGGUGGGCGGCCCGGGCCGUGGGUGCGGUGCCCUGUGCGGUGCACUGCGCUGCUGGGGGCCAUGGGGUCCCGAGGCCCGGUGGCUUCGGGCACUGCCCUGCUGGACCUGCCCCCGCAACUGCUUGGCCGCCUCUGUGCCCUUCUGGACGGUGCCCAAGACCCGAGAGCCUGCACCCGCUUCGCCGAGAGACUGUCGAGUAACUGGCUGGAAGUUCGACAUUUUGAAAAGUACGUGCAACAGGGGAGGAGCGGGACGAGAGAAUUGCUGUGGUCCUGGGCUCAGAAAAACAAGACCGUCGGCGACCUUCUGCAGGUCCUGGAGGACAUGGGCCAUCAGCGAGCCAUCGACUGCCUCACCAACCCAGGAGAAUCGCUAAAUAUUUCGCCAAGUCAGACCUGUCAAAGAGAUGGAUUUCAAAGUCGGGCUUCCAAGGAAACGGCUGGCUCCGUAGUUGGUAAUGAAGUUCUUUCUCCUCCAAAGUACCAGCAUCAAGGAAUACGCCCUAAAGCCUCUAUCGAUUUUAAAAACAUCAUAGAAGGAACGGGAAAUUUCCACGGUGACUUGCUAAUUGGAGAAGGGGGAUUUUUCCAAGUCUACAAAAUGGAGUUUGAAAAUCAAACAUAUGCCGUUAAAUUAUUGAAGCAGGAGAAAACUAUGCAGAGUAAAAAAUACUGGAAGCCUUUUUUCUCAGAAAUGGAAGUUUUACUCCUGUUUCGUCAUCCAAACAUCCUGGAACUGACCGCAUACUUUAUAGAGGCGGAAAGAUUCUGUUUGGUGUAUCCGUUCAUGAGACACGGUUCGCUUUUUGACAGAUUACAGUGUUUGGGUAACACGGCCCCACUUUCUUGGAAAGUUCGCCUCGGUGUAUUGAUAGGGAUCGCCCAAGCCAUCCGGGUCUUACACAGUGCUAAACCGUGUUCCGUCAUCAGUGGAAGCGUAACCAGCACAAACAUACUUUUGGACGAUCAGUUUCAACCCAAAUUAACCGAUUUUGCUACGGUGCAUCUACAACCCCAAACGGACUGCCACAGUUUGACCAUAAGCACCAAGAGCAACAUGGCGAAGCGCUUCUGGUACAUGCCCGAAGAGUAUUUAAGACAGAGCAAACUUUCCACCAAGACAGACGUCUACAGCUUUGGGAUCGUCAUUAUGGAAGUUCUGACGGGUUGCAAGGUGGUGAUGGAGGAGCCAAAACACAUUCAGCUGAGGGACCUGCUCCUGGAGAUGAUGGAGAAAAGAGGCCUUGAUUCAUGCUUCGCGUUACUGGACAAGAAGGUGGAGGCGUGUCCUCGGAAUUUCUCUGCAAAACUGUUCACACUAGCUGGCCGAUGUGCCACAUCCCGUGCCAAGUCGAGACCUUCCAUGGACGAAGUCCUGGAAACCCUGGAGAGCAGUUGUCUGGCCCUGUAUUUUACCGAAGAUCCCCCCGCGUCAUUGCGGUCCUUCAGGCCUCCUUCCCCCCUUUUCCUAGACCUCUUACCGAACGUCCCAGUGGAAGACGACGAAAACCUCCCUCUCUCCGGGGAAGAACCGAACCGACGUGGGGCGGUCCGGAAAACCCCAUUCGAAUGCAGUCAGUCCGAAGUCACGUUUCUGGGCUGCGUCCAAAGAGUAGCCACUGAUGAUGCUUCCCACGUGGCCGGGGGCAGUGGGGAAGGUGGAGGAGCUUUCAAAUCUGACGCUCACCUCUGGCCCUUCACAGCCGGUUGUGUGGAAACCGGCUCCCCGGCCGAGGCUGCCGGUUUUCCUCAUGGGAUCCGGUUGGGAGAUGGCCACCAUCCAUCCGUGGCAAGUAGGGGAGACCCUGAAGAGGACACCAAGGGUGGUUUAGGAGUCAUUCGCCCUGAAGAGAAAGAAAAAGGCAAGUAUUCCCAAACAGCUGGCUUGCAAACAGUCCUUUUGGAACCAGGGAAUAGCUGCCUCUAA